AGCUAAACGUAAUUAAAUGUGCAGGAUGAAAAGAUGGCACAGGCACUUCUGGCACCCCCAGGACCUGAAAGCUUCCGCCUUUUUACUAGAGAAUCUCUUGCUGCUAUCGAAAACCGUGCUGCAGAAGAGAAAGCCAAGAAACCCAAGAGAGAACAAGACAACGAUGACGAGAACAAACCAAAGCCAAACAGUGACUUGGAAGCUGGAAAGAACCUUCCAUUUAUUUAUGGAGACAUCCCUCCAGGGAUGGUGUCAGAGCCACUGGAGGACCUGGACCCAUACUAUAUCAAUAAGAAAACUUUCAUAGUAUUGAAUAAAGGGAAGGCAAUUUUCCGAUUCAGUGCCACCUCUGCCUUGUAUAUUUUAACUCCACUAAACCCUGUUAGGAGAAUUGCUAUUAAGAUUUUGGUACAUUCUUUAUUCAGCAUGCUUAUCAUGUGCACUAUUUUGACCAACUGUGUAUUUAUGACCCUGAGUAAUCCUCCAGACUGGACAAAGAAUGUAGAGUACACAUUCACUGGAAUCUAUACCUUUGAGUCACUUAUAAAAAUCUUGGCAAGAGGGUUUUGCUUAGAAGAUUUUACAUUCCUUCGUGAUCCAUGGAACUGGCUGGAUUUCAGUGUCAUUGUGAUGGCAUAUGUGACAGAGUUUGUGGACCUGGGCAAUGUCUCAGCGUUGAGAACAUUCAGAGUUCUCCGAGCACUGAAAACAAUUUCAGUCAUUCCAGGUUUAAAGACCAUCGUGGGUGCCCUGAUCCAGUCUGUGAAGAAGCUUUCUGACGUCAUGAUCUUGACUGUGUUCUGUUUGAGCGUGUUUGCUCUAAUUGGUCUGCAGCUGUUCAUGGGCAACCUGCGGAAUAAAUGUUUGCAAUGGCCCCCAAGCGAUUCUGCUUUUGAAACCAACACCACCUCCUCCUUUAAUGGCACAAUGAAUUCAAAUGGGACAUUCGUUAAUGUAACAAUGAGCACAUUUAACUGGAAGGAUUACAUUGAAGACGACAGUCACUUUUAUGUUUUGGAUGGACAAAAAGACCCUUUACUCUGUGGAAAUGGCUCAGAUGCAGGCCAGUGUCCGGAAGGAUACAUCUGUGUGAAGGCUGGUCGAAACCCCAACUAUGGCUACACAAGCUUCGACACUUUUAGCUGGGCUUUCUUGUCUCUAUUUCGACUCAUGACUCAAGACUACUGGGAGAACCUUUACCAGCUGACGUUACGUGCUGCUGGAAAAACAUACAUGAUAUUUUUUGUCCUGGUGAUUUUCUUGGGCUCUUUUUAUUUGGUGAAUUUGAUCCUGGCUGUGGUAGCCAUGGCCUAUGAAGAACAGAAUCAGGCCACCUUAGAAGAGGCAGAACAGAAAGAGGCUGAAUUUCAGCAAAUGCUCGAACAGAUUAAAAAGCAACAGGAAGAAGCUCAGGCAGUUGCAGCAGCAGCAGCUGCUUCAAGAGAUUUCAGUGGAAUCGGUGGGUUAGGAGAGCUCUUGGAAAGCUCCUCAGAAGCAUCAAAAUUAAGCUCUAAAAGUGCUAAGGAGUGGAGGAACCGAAGAAAGAAAAGAAGGCAGAGGGAGCAUCUUGAAGGAAACAACAAAGGAGCGGGAAACAGGUUUCCCAAAUCUGAAUCUGAGGACAGUGUCAAAAGAAGAAGCUUCCUUUUCUCCAUGGAUGGAAAUCGACUGACUAGUGACAAGAAAUUCUACUCCCCUCAUCAGUCUCUAUUAAGUAUCCGUGGCUCCCUGUUUUCCCCACGACGCAAUAGCAAAACAAGUAUUUUCAGCUUCAGAGGUCGGGCAAAGGAUAUUGGUUCUGAAAAUGACUUUGCUGAUGAUGAACACAGUACAUUUGAAGACAGCGAGAGCAGGAGAGACUCACUGUUUGUGCCACACAGACACGGAGAGCGACGCAACAGUAACGUUAGUCAGGCCAGUAUGUCAUCCAGGAUGGUGCCAGGGCUUCCAGCAAAUGGGAAGAUGCACAGCACUGUGGAUUGCAAUGGUGUGGUUUCCUUGGUGGGUGGACCGUCAGCUCUAACCUCACCUACUGGACAACUUCCGCCAGAGGGUACCACCACUGAAACAGAAAUCAGAAAGAGAAGGCUAAGUUCUUACCAGAUUUCAAUGGAGAUGCUAGAGGAUUCCUCCGGAAGACAAAGAGCCAUGAGCAUAGCCAGCAUCCUGACUAACACAAUGGAGGAGCUUGAAGAAUCUAGGCAGAAAUGUCCACCAUGCUGGUAUAGAUUUGCCAAUGUGUUCUUGAUCUGGGACUGCUGUGAUCCGUGGUUAAAAGUAAAGCAUCUUGUGAAUUUAAUUGUUAUGGAUCCAUUUGUUGAUCUUGCCAUCACUAUUUGCAUUGUCUUAAAUACCCUCUUCAUGGCCAUGGAGCACUACCCAAUGACUGGUCAAUUCAGUAGUGUGUUGACUGUAGGAAACCUGGUCUUCACUGGAAUCUUCACAGCAGAAAUGGUCCUCAAGAUCAUUGCCAUGGAUCCAUAUUAUUAUUUCCAAGAGGGCUGGAAUAUCUUUGAUGGAAUUAUUGUCAGCCUUAGUUUAAUGGAGCUUGGCCUGGCAAAUGUGGAGGGACUGUCUGUACUGAGAUCGUUCAGACUGCUUCGAGUUUUCAAGCUGGCAAAAUCCUGGCCCACCCUGAAUAUGCUAAUUAAGAUCAUUGGCAAUUCAGUGGGGGCUCUAGGUAACCUCACCUUGGUGUUGGCCAUCAUCGUCUUCAUUUUUGCCGUGGUCGGCAUGCAGCUCUUUGGUAAGAGCUACAAAGAAUGUGUCUGCAAGAUCUCUAGUGACUGUCAGCUCCCACGCUGGCACAUGAAUGACUUCUUCCACUCCUUCCUGAUUGUGUUCCGAGUGCUGUGUGGAGAGUGGAUAGAGACCAUGUGGGACUGCAUGGAGGUCGCCGGUCAAGCCAUGUGCCUUAUUGUUUUCAUGUUGGUCAUGGUCAUUGGAAACCUUGUGGUUCUGAACCUCUUUCUGGCCUUAUUGUUGAGUUCAUUUAGCUCAGACAAUCUUGCUGCCACUGAUGAUGAUAAUGAAAUGAACAAUCUCCAGAUUGCAGUAGGAAGGAUGCAAAAGGGAAUUGAUUAUGUGAAAAAUAAGAUACAGGAGUGUUUCCAAAAAACCUUUUGCAGAAAGCCAAAAGUUAUAGAAAUCCAUGAAGGCAACAAAAUAGAAAGAUGUGUGUCCAACAAUACUGGAAUUGAAAUAAGCAAAGAGCUUAAUUAUCUUAAGGAUGGGAAUGGAACCACCAGUGGUGUAGGUACUGGAAGCAGUGUUGAAAAAUAUGUAAUUGAUGAAAAUGAUUAUAUGUCAUUCAUAAAUAAUCCCAGCCUCACUGUAACAGUGCCAAUUGCUGUUGGAGAGUCUGACUUUGAAAACUUAAAUACUGAAGAGUUCAGCAGUGAGUCAGAACUAGAAGAAAGCAAAGAGAAAUUAAAUGCAACCAGCUCAUCUGAAGGAAGUACAGUUGAUGUUGCUCCACCCCGAGAAGGUGAACAAGCUGAAAUGGAACCCGAGGAAGACCUUAAGCCAGAAGCUUGUUUUACUGAAGGAUGUAUUAAAAAGUUUCCAUUCUGUCAAGUAAGUAUAGAAGAAGGCAAAGGAAAAGUCUGGUGGAAUCUUCGGAAAACCUGCUAUAGCAUUGUUGAACACAACUGGUUUGAGACUUUCAUUGUCUUCAUGAUCCUUCUCAGUAGUGGUGCUUUGGCUUUUGAAGAUAUAUACAUUGAACAACGAAAAACUAUCAAAACCAUGCUAGAAUAUGCUGACAAGGUCUUCACUUAUAUAUUCAUCCUGGAAAUGCUUCUCAAAUGGGUAGCUUAUGGAUUUCAAACCUAUUUCACUAAUGCCUGGUGCUGGCUAGAUUUCUUGAUUGUCGAUGUUUCUUUGGUUAGCUUGGUAGCCAAUGCUCUCGGUUACUCAGAACUUGGUGCCAUCAAAUCCCUACGGACAUUAAGAGCUUUAAGACCACUGAGGGCUUUAUCCCGGUUUGAAGGCAUGAGGGUGGUUGUGAAUGCUCUUGUUGGAGCAAUUCCCUCUAUCAUGAACGUGCUGUUGGUUUGUCUCAUCUUCUGGCUGAUCUUUAGCAUCAUGGGUGUGAAUUUGUUUGCUGGCAAGUUCUACCACUGUGUAAACACGACAACUGGUAACAUGUUUGAAGUUAGUGAAGUUAACAAUUUGAGUGAUUGUCAGGCUCUUGGCAAGAAAGCUCGGUGGAAAAACGUGAAAGUAAACUUUGAUAAUGUUGGCGCUGGCUAUCUCGCAUUGCUUCAAGUGGCCACAUUUAAAGGCUGGAUGGAUAUUAUGUAUGCAGCUGUUGAUUCACGAGAUGUUAAACUUCAGCCUGUAUAUGAAGAAAAUCUGUAUAUGUACUUAUACUUUGUCAUCUUUAUCAUCUUUGGGUCAUUCUUCACUCUGAAUCUAUUCAUUGGUGUCAUCAUAGAUAACUUCAACCAACAGAAAAAGAAGUUUGGAGGUCAAGACAUAUUUAUGACAGAGGAACAAAAAAAAUAUUACAAUGCAAUGAAGAAACUUGGGUCCAAGAAACCUCAGAAACCCAUACCUCGGCCUGCAAACAAAUUCCAAGGAAUGGUCUUUGAUUUUGUAACCAGACAAGUUUUUGAUAUCAGCAUCAUGAUCCUUAUCUGCCUCAAUAUGGUCACCAUGAUGGUAGAAACUGAUGACCAGAGCAAAUAUAUGACUCUAGUCUUGUCCCGGAUCAACCUUGUGUUCAUUAUCCUGUUCACUGGAGAAUUUGUGCUGAAACUUGUCUCCCUCAGAUACUACUACUUCACCAUAGGCUGGAACAUCUUUGAUUUUGUGGUGGUGAUUCUCUCCAUUGUAGGUAUGUUUCUCGCUGAGCUGAUAGAGAAAUAUUUUGUGUCCCCUACCCUGUUCCGAGUGAUCCGUCUUGCCAGGAUUGGCCGAAUCCUGCGUCUGAUCAAAGGGGCCAAGGGGAUCCGCACGCUGCUCUUUGCUUUGAUGAUGUCCCUUCCUGCGUUGUUUAACAUCGGCCUCCUACUCUUCCUGGUCAUGUUCAUCUACGCCAUCUUUGGAAUGUCCAACUUCGCCUAUGUUAAAAAGGAAGCUGGAAUUGAUGACAUGUUCAAUUUUGAAACUUUUGGCAACAGCAUGAUCUGCCUGUUCCAGAUUACCACCUCUGCUGGCUGGGAUGGAUUGCUAGCACCUAUUCUCAACAGUGCACCACCUGACUGUGACCCUGACACAAUUCACCCUGGCAGCUCUGUUAAGGGAGAUUGUGGGAACCCAUCUGUGGGGAUCUUCUUUUUUGUCAGUUACAUCAUCAUAUCAUUUCUGGUCGUAGUGAACAUGUACAUUGCUGUCAUCCUGGAGAACUUCAGUGUUGCUACUGAAGAAAGUGCAGAGCCCCUGAGUGAGGAUGACUUUGAGAUGUUCUAUGAGGUCUGGGAGAAGUUUGAUCCCGAUGCCACCCAGUUCAUAGAGUUCUCCAAGCUCUCUGAUUUUGCGGCCGCCCUGGAUCCUCCUCUUCUCAUAGCAAAACCAAACAAAGUCCAGCUCAUUGCUAUGGAUCUGCCCAUGGUCAGUGGGGACAGGAUCCACUGCCUCGACAUUUUAUUUGCCUUUACAAAGCGUGUUUUGGGUGAAAGUGGAGAGAUGGAUGCCCUUCGAAUACAAAUGGAAGAUCGGUUCAUGGCAUCGAACCCCUCCAAAGUCUCCUAUGAGCCCAUUACAACCACUUUGAAACGCAAACAAGAGGAGGUAUCUGCUGCUAUCAUUCAGCGUAAUUUCAGAUGUUAUCUUUUAAGGCAAAGGUUAAAGACGGUAUUAAGUGAGUAUAACAAAGAGGCAAUCAAAGGGAGGAUUGAUUUACCUAUAAAAGACAACAUGAUUAUUGACAAAUUAAAUGGGAACUCCACCCCAGAAAAAACAGAUGGAAGUUCCUCUACCACCUCUCCUCCUUCCUAUGAUAGUGUAACAAAGCCAGACAAUGAAAAGUUUGAGAAAGACAAACCAGAAAAAGAAAGCAAAGGGAAAGAGGUGAGGGAAAAUCAAAAGUAAAAAGAGACAAAGAAUUAUCUUUGUGAUCAAUUGUUUACAGCCUAAGAAGGUAAAGUUUAUGUGUCAACUGGACUCCCAGAGGAGGUCUAUGCCAAACUGACUGUUUUAACAAAUACUCAUGGUCAGUGCCUAUAACAAGACAGUGACCUCUCCAUCACUACAACUCUGUGAGUCAGGGUAUCAACACUGACAAGAGGUUGCUGUUUUCAUUACCAGCUGACACUGCUGAGGAGAAACUCAAUGGCUACCUAGACUGUAGGGAUAGUUGUGCAAAGUGAUCAUUGUAACUACACCAAACACUUUUAGUACAGUACUUGCAUCCAUUCUAUUUUUAACCUCCAUAUCUGCCAUAUUUUUACAAAAUUUGUUCUAGUGGAUUUCCCUGGUCACUAAUUCAUAGUUUAUUCAUAAUACUACGUCACUAUUUUUGUAAAUGAAAUUUAAGUUGAGAAAAAAUUAUAUAAGAUUCCUGUGUUCCUACUCCACAAGUUUCUCGAAUAAUCAGACAAAAGGGUUUUGUCCAAGAGAUGAAAUUCUUGCUCAAAACCAGAAAAAAAAAAUUCUAAUAACAAUUUCAGGUACUUCCAUUUUCUAGACGGCUUUAAUUUUGAAAGUGUUUUAGUCUGUUUGUUUAUAUCUAAACAGUUAUGUGCCUGUAAAGUCUCCUCUAAUUUUUAAAGGAUUAUUUUUAUGCAAAGUAUUCUGUUUCAGCAAGUGCAAAUUUUAUUCUAAGUUCCAGAGCACUAUAUUUAAUUUUGGUUAAAUGUUUUCCAAAAAAAGUAAUCUAAUAAAUCUGUUCUAGAAAAGUAUAUCUAAAGUAUCGCUUUAGAAUAGUUGUUCCAUCUUCGGAUGCAGUGUUGCUUUGCCAUCUUCUGCUCUCAGCAAAGCUGACAUUUUAUGUCAAUUAAAUACACCCUCUGUUAUGUAAAUAGUUAUUUUAUCCUGUGGGGCAUGUUUGGGAAUAUAUAUAUAUAUAUUUA